AUGGCUGGUAAUCAAUAUCGCCAGCAAUGGCAGCAAAACCCAGCGCCCUCGUACCAAUACGACAGCGGAAAUAACCAGAGACAAUGGCAAGAGAGUGGGAGAGGCCAGGGCUCUUAUACCCAGGAACAUCAACGCUAUAAUGACUAUCCACAGAGUCGUAAUGGUUACGCCCAAGGUCCGGCGCCGGCGCCGACGGGUUACGAUCGAAAUGGGCAGUGGGAAGCCCAACAUCAAUAUCCUCAGCAAAGUGGCCAUGAAGCACAAUAUUAUGAAAACGGCGGGGCCUAUUCACAGCCCCCGCGGCCAGAUCAGUACGAUCAAGGUCCUCCUCCCGACCGCCAAUAUCAAUAUGACGAGCGAUAUCGCACCCACGGGCAAGGCAGACCUCCACCGCCAGAUCACAGCUAUUCUGAUGGCCAGAGACCACCAAGAAAUCAAUGGUCGGAGCCUUCCACUCCACAAAAGAGACCCAGGCCCCGCGACCGCAUCUUGACUGAACCUACGUCCCCCAAAAAUCUGGCCUGGGACAAUCCAUUUGGGGCUUUCCCUCCCAAGAAGAAGCCAGAUGACAGGGUGAGGCACGAGAGACAUGCCAGUCUGGACCACGCAAUGGCGAAUCUCAACAUGAAUGAACACCGUCCCAGUGGCGGACCUGAAACCCGACCUCAUACUUCCAACAGUCAGAGAAAAGAAGCAUCUCGCCCUAGUACUUCGCACGACCGGCAUGGCCGUCACCCAGAUAUCGGGCAGCCGCCGCUUCCGAUGCAGGGCUAUCCAAUGCCUCCCGGUCGAAGCUCGCCAGAGAUGAAUUAUCAACAGCCACCAGUUCCCAGACCUCAAGGAGGGAUAAACAGUUCGUGGGUGCGGCCGGCAGGACCUUCACGAGGUCCCCCGCCGCCUAUGAAUAGAAAUGGACCUCGUCCUACCCCUCAGACUGGGAUGGAGGACUUUAACUCCCGGGCCAACAACAACGCUCCAGGCAACUAUCCACCCCCAGAUCGUCGCGGCAACAAUUACAUCCAUGACGAGGGUUAUGCCUCGGACUACAUUCCACAGUCAAGGGCGCAUGUUUCACCAAUUGAGCGUGUCCCGCAGGGAAGUCAGCCCAGACCUGCGCCUCAGCAAGGUUACCAUGCCAACUCAUAUCGAGAUUUUCCCCCUAACGGCACCACUGAAGUCAGUCAACCGAGAAAUAAUGAAAUGCCAGACUUUGAUGCUAUUCCGACCCGGGCAAAUGAGAAGAGUGAGAACCACAUGAUUGCAAAUCAACAAUCGGGUCUUGGCCAGCACAUCUAUCAGAAACCAACUUAUCAAGUGCCGGGUGCAUUUCCAGGUCAGAUUGACACUAUGCAGUCUAUGCCUCCUCCAAACCAGACUACUUCUCCACUCGCGGAGUUUUCGUUCGAUUUGCCCAGCACUUCUCAACCAGUGCCAGCUAGCAGAAAUGACAACUCUGCACAAGCUCCAUCCUAUCGUGGAGUGUACGGUGGACAGGACAAUUUUGGCUCAGGAGGGCCUCCAAGGGGGGCAUACGGGGAUAUACAACCUCAGGAGUUGCCCGGCCCGCAGUAUCCGCCGCCUCGUGCUGCCAGUCGGAACGGUAUGAAAGCGUCCAUGGAAAGUGAUGCCUCAAGACCCCCGCUGCCAAACAAUGGCCAACCCUAUCGAUCCUUCAGUCAAGAUCAGUAUCCUGUCAGGCCACACACAAGCAAUGCACAACGGCCACCGCAACAAAGUUACGAAAUGAUGAAUCCAUAUGAUCAGGAUCACGGGCCUGAGAACCGAGCUCCUUCAGCACCCACAGCGCCUGUGGGCCCCAUAUCGUAUGAUCAAGGUUAUGGGUACCCGGAGCAGAGUCAAGAGUAUCAACGUCCAUAUGGACAGGGCCCACCACCGCGCAAGGCGUCCCAAGACAAUUACGCCGGCCCUGGCAGAUCCAACGCUUCCGACUCCGCACAUCCUGUGCCCGUUAGGCAUUAUCCGACCCCAAAUGCAGAAAGCAACCCGGAUGCACUACCAGCACAUCCUACACCAGUGAGAGCAGGACUGAAAGACAGCAAUGGGUAUCCAUCAGGUCAAACGCCCCCGGCUCAGCCUAACCCGGGGCGAGAGGUUCCAGGGCCUUCCCCGCCCGUCACCGCUCAAGAACUCAACAGUCUCCGCGAGAUGUACAGUAGAAAUCCAAGCGACCAUGCUCUCGGUCUGAAGCUGGCAAAGAAGAUGGUCGAAGCGGCCAAGGUUCUUUCAGACGAGAAUGGGAGGGCGGACCAGAAGACAACACAAAAGAACCGAGAAAAAUACAUAUUCGAUGCACACAAACUGAUCAAGAAAUUGGUGGCAGCCAACUAUCCUGACGCAAUGUUCUACCUGGCCGAUUGCUAUGGACAAGGAAUGUUGGGACUUGCUGUGGACCCGAAAGAGGCCUUUUCUCUCUACCAGUCGGCGGCGAAGCUCAAUCACCCCCAAAGUGCAUAUCGAGUAGCAGUUUGCUGCGAAUUGGGGACCGAAGAAGGCGGCGGAACGCGACGCGACCCUCUGAAGGCGAUGCAAUGGUACAAAAGAGCUGCAACCUUGGGAGACACCCCAGCUAUGUACAAGAUGGGGAUGAUAUUGUUGAAGGGAUUGCUUGGGCAACAAAAGAAUCCACGUGAAGCAGUGUCGUGGUUGAAGAGGGCCGCUGAACGCGCCGACAAGGACAAUCCUCAUGCGUUGCAUGAGUUGGGCUUACUUUAUGAAUCGGCCUCGUCCACGGACCAUAUCGUGCGCGACGAGAAAUACGCCUUUCAACUGUUCCAACAAGCCGCAGAACUGGGAUACAAAUACUCACAGUUUCGACUUGGAUCGGCAUACGAGUACGGAUUGCUCGGUUGCCCGAUCGACGCUCGCCAAAGUAUCGCAUGGUACACUCGAGCAGCCGCCCAAGGGGAGCACCAGUCAGAAUUGGCAUUGAGCGGCUGGUACUUGACAGGAUCGGAACCAUUGCUUACGCAGAGUGAUACCGAGGCGUUCUUGUGGGCGCGGAAGGCCGCCAGUUCGGGACUUGCGAAGGCAGAGUACGCGAUGGGAUACUUCUACGAGGUAGGUAUCGGCACGACGGGGGAUAUUGACGAAGCAAAACGUUGGUAUUACAGGGCAUCUGCACAAAAUUUUACCAAAGCACGAGAAAGGCUGGAGGAGCUAAAGAGAGGAGGACCCAAGCAGCAAAAGACACGAAUGUCGCGGUCAAACGUUAACAGGCAGACCGAAGGGGAUUGUGUGGUCAUGUAA